GCCCCUUCGGCCACCAAGGCAUUCAGCUCCAUAUUCCUCUUUCCAAGCACCAAUUGCAAUUGUUCUGUCUGGCCUACAUCUAAGCUGCACACACAUGGCUCAGGUGUGGAACCAGAGGGAGGAUGGUGAGUGUGCCAUUGCAAUGGGAGAGAGCUACCACGUCGACCUCGGUCAGGCCAUGGACCUGGCCGAGGCUGACGGGGCGCUCUUGAUGGAGCUGAUGGAGGACCUGCCGCCCUCGGAUAUGGCAGAUGGUGAUGUGGAUCGGCUGAGCCACGUCAUCCGGUCGCUUGAGGCAGAGAUCGGUAGUGGCGGUGAUGUGGCGGUGAGGAUGGCCGAUGGCGAGAGCAUGGCCGGAGAGUCGAGUGAGGAUUGUGGCAGGCUCCAAGACAUGCUCUUGGACCUUGAUGAUCACUAUGAAGGUGGAUCGUUUGGGUAUUGGCCUGAGGUGUCCUUAAUGGGGCAUGAGACGGAGGGUUGGUAUGUGUACUCUAAUGGGUAUGAGGGUGGUAUUGUGGGGUAUGAGGCGAUUGAUCACCAGUACCAUUGUUGUGUGGAGGGCUCUGUUGAGCAGGUGUAUAGCCCCUUGUGGGAAUGAUCGGAAAGGACAUCAUCAUGUAUGUAAAUAGUUUUCUUUUUUAAUUUGUGGAGAAAAAUAGAAAAAAUUAGUAGGAGAAAGAUGAGACGCAGACAUCCAAGGAGACUUUGAUCUAUUCGAAUAUUUAAGUUUGUCGAUUUUUUCCUCUUGGUAUGAAGUACUAGUGGAUAGUUAACAGGGAAGAAAAACUGUGUGGUGAAAGGAACUCCGGCAUAGUGGUUAGAGCACCUGAGUAGCAGGUCAGGUUCGACUCCGCGUGGGAGCAAAUUAAAACAGGUUUGGAAUAAAAAAUUAUAAAAAAUAAGUAGAGGUUUUCUGCUGACUUAGGUAAAA